AUGCAUAUAGACGACUCGUUCGCGCCGGGUCCGUUGACCUCUCAUCCGAUCAUGGGCCCACCAGCGACUUCCAACAGCUUUGCGACUGCGCAGCGACCCGCGGCCAAGCGCACCAACUCGAUGCAGCGCGCAAACUCGCGCUUCGUCGAGGGUUCCAUGAACGACCGCACUUCCGCCGCGCCGCCCAUCGACUUUCUCGGCCCGGAAGAUUCGUCCGAAAUCGCGCGCCGCUUCCACAUGGAUUUCUAUGUCGAAGCCCCCGACGCCGGCGUCUUCUCCCCUCCCAAGCCGCAUCAUCACAAGUCGUCGCAAUCGCUGCUGUCCUCGCAUCAUCAGCGCCAUCCCGUUCUCCACCAACCGACCGUCACCUACGGCGAGGUCAAGAGGCCCGCAAGCUCCUCGAGCAGCAACGUCGCAAAGAAAGGUUUCUGGGGCGGUCUCCGCGAGAAGUUAAGCUUCGUCAGGGAUAAGGAUAGGGGGGCUAAGCGUCCACUGAGCCUGGACGGGAAGCUUCUCGCUGCAGGAGGCGGAGCCGGCGGAUUCGGCACCGGCGGUGGCGCGCCAACGCCGGCGGCAGCAGCAAUGGAACACGGUGCGGGUAUGCCUUCUAGGGAGGGGAUCAUGGCCAGCUACCAGCAGCUGAUGAAGGACGGCUUCUUCGACGCGCAUGCCAUUCGCUCCACGCGCCAGCCCCCUCCGCCCAAUUUCUCUUCCUCAAACGCCAUCUACUCAACGCGGCCGCCCGUGGACAAGAAGUCGUUCGCGGAGCGCGUAUCACAGCAAUGGCCCCUGCAGCCGAUGCAGGACGACGUUGAACCCCUGCCAGACUCCCGAGACGGAAACAGGAAGCGCAGUUUCAACGACGAAGACGAAAUGUCCACCGUCAAGAAGCUGCGCAAGUCGGCCUCGCGCAUCUCUGUCGAUCUCUCCCUCCCUGGUCUUCGGAAACCUCGUUCCCACGCCAUGGUGGAGGCCUCAGACGCAAUGCCGCCCCCUCCCCCACCGCCGAAUUACAUGCCCCCACCGCCCCCUCGUGGGGCAGGCCCGUUUGCCAGGCGCACAUUCAGCAACUCAACCAGGGCAAGCAACAAGCUGUCCAAGCACGCCCCGUCCGCGUCUUACUCGGCGUUGUCGACUACACCCAUGGAUACCGACUUCGUGCCGCCGAACCCGGCGUACGCCGCCAGCAGCCGUAGCAGUAUCGACUCAAACGAGUCGCGCCGAUCCUUUGCGGAGACGGCGCGGGCCUGGACCUCGCGCGCCACGCGCAAGGCCGCCGAGCCGCUCGGUCUGCGGCCCAACUCGAACCACGGCGCCUCGGCCAUGCCGCGUGUGUCUGAGCAGUACAAGGGCUACCGCGGGUACGGUUUCGAGAGGGAAAACACGCACCUCAACACUGGCUUGGCCGUGCAAGAGCGUGAUCACCAUGGAGGUCGGUGGCGGGGUAUGAGGUUCACAUAG